AUGAUUGAACGCACCGAUGUUGUUACAGGGACUGAAACUCAGGAGGGCAGCACUGUGCCGCAGGAGGCCCGACAGUUCCUGCAAAUUAUAGCCACCAUGCAGUCGGAGUCGGAAGAACGCGCGCGAAUCAUUGGAGAGUUGCGGUACCGAAAGUUGCUUGUUGAGGAGGAGCGCGACAAAAAUUUUAUGGAGCGGGAAGCAGUUGUGGCGAAGUUAGCGGAUGCAAGAGCGCAGCUGCUGCAGCUCGAUGUUGAGCAUCGAGAGUUGCAGAAGCGACAGCGUUCAAGUGAAUCAGAAAUACUAGAGAAUAGCAGACAGUCGCAGCGAUGCCGGACGUUGCUAUCGACUUGCCGUGGGGACUUGACUGUUCAUCCGAUGGUGCCAAACUCGGCGAGCGAGUUGGCAGCUGAAGCAACUGCUGCAGGGACAUCCUCAGCUGCUCAUAAUGCGUAUACGGAGGAAGCGAAGUGGCUUAAGCAUCUCUUUAUUACAUACGGACAGCUUUACAACGGAACUGACUUCUUGCAAGAGCUCCGCGUUUCCAUGAAAAAUCUCUAUGUGGAAGUAUCUAAAGAGACCCACAAUACCGUGCAGCGGAAUUUAAGUGAUUGGGAAGCCACGUGUUUACAGAGCCUACCUCACCUGACUGCUGAUGAGAGAACACUCCUUCACUUUCAACUAAUGCUACAUCCAUUUGUUUAG